CAAUGUGAAAAUGGCGUACAAUGAUGAGGACUUGUGUACAAAUCACGCAGAUUUUGCUGUAAUAUGUUCAUUUAUCGACAAAUUUGGGGAGAAGUUAGGUUUAACUCUUCCCAACAUAGGCGAGCUUCAAACUUUAUUAGAAGACACAGAUAACGUCAGUCCUAUCUUGGGACAAACUGUAAGUCAGCUAUUACGACGUAUCAACAAAUCUGUAAAAACUGAUCGUUGGGAGCGAGGUUUGCAACGGUUUGCUCACUCCUACUCUCAUCAAGAUGGGUGGGAACUUGAACGGUUUGGCUUUAAAAAAGCCAAACUGGAAUGCAAGAUUCGUGUUCUUAAGAAUCUUAUGGAAGCUCAGUUUGAUAUGUACAAGAGUUUCAAAGAUAAGAUAAAUCUAAUAUCAGCAAAAGAGCUUCGCCUUCAGCCUUACGGCCGUGAUAAAAAGGGAGUUUCCUACUGGUGCCAGUUAGACGACUGCGCAAAUCUCCGUGUUUACUGUGAUGACCAAGAUGAAGAAACUUGGACGCUUGUUGCAAUAAGUUUAAGUGACCAAGCAGAAAUGAAUCUGGCAACUUACAAAGACUCAAGAAUAGAUAUUAAUGUAGUGUUCCUGAAUGAAAAUCAGAUGCUUGUUCCCCACACUUAUGGCAUCAGAUUUUUCAGGGGAGGCUUUUUAUACUGUAUAUUGCCACUGACAGUUUAUAGUUUCAUAUACAUGUGCCGUAUCAGUAAUAGUGAUUCACAGAGUUACAAGUGCCACUUUUAA